AUGUUGAGGACGACAUUCCUGCUGUCUUGCCUCCUUGCUCUCGCUCUGAUCCCUGGGACGCACACCAAAGAGACGAGCGGAACUGGAGCCAACACAGAGAUCACAGGGCUGCGGUUGGAGGAUGUGGUGGGAGGGAUGCGAAGGGUGAUGGAGAAGGCAGCGCACUCACUGCGACUGUCGGAGCUCCCGCUGCAGGAGGUGGCGCGGUUGCAGGAGGAGCUGCACGCGAGCCUGUCGAGAGCCGCGGCUUCAAAGCAGCGAUGGCUGGAGGCAAACGACCUGGCCAAGUACAACGGGCUGAAGAAGGAGCCCUACCUGACAGUCCCCGUCGACCUCAACGUUGUGUUCCUAGGUUUCGCGGGGGAUGGGCACUACAAGCUGAACCUCGCUGAGCGCACGUUGCGUCCAUGGUUCGAGCAUAUGCAGCAGACCCUUCCUCACUCCUUUGUCCCCUCCUCCGAAUCCUCCGACUCCUCCGCCCCCCAGCCGUCUCACGUCUACUUCAAGUACCACCUGCGCGUGCUCGAGCUGCACGAGGACGUGAACUCGGUGAUCGAGUCUCUCAUCUGGGACAACGCGCGACCGGAAGACCCAUGGCAGGAGGGCCCGGCCAUCUCGUGGACGUCGCAGGACAUGCACCAGGUCGACAUCGUUCCCGUCGAGAACGCGCUGACCGACCUCGUCGACACUCUGCGGCUCAACGGCUCCUACACGCUCUUCCUGAUGAACCCGAAGCUGCCGUACCCGGACUUCAACUAUGGGUACCGCUAUGGCUUCUCGCAGGCCGAGCUCGACCGCAUGCACGAGAACGCGACGCUGCUGGAGCAGCUGAUGGGGCGAGACAAGGUGAGGCCCAUCCUGCGAAUGUCCGAUCAGCUCAAGGAGGAUGUUCACUCCCUCCACGCUCACAUCCGAACCAUCCCUGGGCACGGCAGCACGUCUGAGGAGGAGCUGGAGGAGAAGAGGAGGGAGCUGAACAAGAAGGUGGAGGACAAGUCGCGAGAGAAUGUGAAGACGCGAAAUCAUGAGGGAGAGAUCCAUCCCGAGACCCGAGGAGCAGAGAAACUUCACUCUCGGGGGCGACCCAAGUUCAAAGACAUGCGAGAUCUGAGCCAAGCAUGGGCUGCCAUCUACAAGCAGGCGCUGCAUGACCUCAGCUACUGGAAGCGACACCCGGCGGAGGAAGUUGAAGAUGCUGAUGACGAGGAGCUGGAGCAAGCCUAUGACAAGGAGCUGCGGACACUGUAUGGCACUCAGAAAGGAAAGCAACUGCCCCCCGACAUGAUGUUCGAGGUUAUGGCCACCCGACUCCUGCAGUCUCGCUCAGAAGACGAUAGGGAAUACAUCCGCGCUGUUGCUCAGGACAAGCACGUCAAGGAAGACUGUCUAGUGGACAACUGGAUCUCUCGCCAUCGGUUCGCCUUCAUUGACUUCUCCUCCGGUCCCUUCGAGUGGGGGCCGAUAGUAGGAGGUAAAGGGGUGAGGAGCUUCCGGACGAUUCCGGACAUCAUCUCCUUGAAGGAGGCGGCGACGGACUUCACGGCGGGAGGGCAGUGGAAGGAUCCAGCGUACGUGAACAAGAUUCAUCGGCAGGUGCGGGAGCAUGGCAUCGAGAAGCUGAUGGAAGAGAAGAAGAUGCUCCUUGUUUUCCUCAACCAACAAUGCCACAACGAUGGUGGUAAAGACCAGGGGAGCACAUGCACUGAGCUUCGGCACAAACUCUCAGCUGUUGAGGCUUUCAUCAAGACACACGCCAAGGUGGAGACGGAGUCGGACGAGGAGACCAUGCAGCACUUGAGCUUCAUCACAGGAGGACCCCACGAGGGUGCCAACAUCUCCCUCGUCCAGCACAGCAUGUUCGCUAAGCUCGGAAGCAUCAUCCAGUCGACUCAGCGGCAGCUCUUCACGCCCCCUGCCUCCGCUGCUCCUGCCCCCUACGCUGCCAACAUCCACUUCCACGUCUACCUCAUCACAAACCACAACACGUACAAGCCGGAGGGGAAGCAGCACUUCGACUACUCGAAGUUUCAGUCGGAGCUGGAAGCCUUCAGGUGGGAGGAGAAGAACAGGAAGAAAGAAGUUGACGACAAGGUCAGGCUACCCCGACAGAAGUACAACUUCGUACUGCACAAGUAUUCCAUGGCGGAAGACCAGGCGCUGGCUGUCGCAUAUGCAAAUGCUCUACGAGCAGCUGUUGUUGCAACUCUCAAGGUUGACGGACGGUUUGUGGCGACGAAGAGGAUGUACCUCGACUCUCAGGUCCUCCAGAAACAUCUGCAGCUGCUGCACGACCAUCUCUCGGGCUCUGAGGGCGCAAGAGAGGGAGGAGGAGACGGAGAGUUUGGAGUGAACAAGCGCGACAUCCCCAUCUUCUUGUUCUCUAUGGAUGCUCCUCUCCCCCUACAGUUCAGCAACUGGCAGCUGGUGAACGAGGGGGUUGAGAUCCUCCAAGGAACGUCGACGAACCUUGACAACCUGGAGGUUCUGACCUUCUCUUGCUCUCGUGUCGUGACGCUGCAGCAGCUCCACGUCGCUGUCAAGCUCAGCUGGAAGAAAGCGAUCGCUGAUGUCCAUCGGCUCGACUUUCAGAGCGCUCUUCCCAACGUUCACAGUGCACUUAGAAACGCUCGACAUUUUCGCAAUCUUGCUCGGCAUACUCAAGAGCUUCUCUUGCUCAGCAGCUGCAUGCAUCCUGUUCACAACGCGCCCUUCGACUGGGGCCUGGUGCUGGUGACCAUCGCAGCCGUCGGGUGCGUCUCCAUCUACUCCUUCCUCGCCCCCACCCGCACCAAACCAAAAAUAAGCUGAGCAACUGCUGUAAUGAACCAACCCUGCCUCUCG